UCAUGUGACGGCCCGGUCUCGUGACCUAAUGCGGAAGUGACAACACAACACCAGGAAGCUUUUCGUGUUGAUAUUCUUGGCCGUAUUAUCCGAUCUUUUUUAUCAUUAUCUUGUUAUCUAUCCAAACAACAAUGGACGGACCAAUCAGGGCGUCAUCGGACAUCGCAGGCGGACCGCCACCUAAUUUCAGAACGAAUGAAGGCUCAUUAGUUUCAGCCCUAAAGACACUGUUGUUCUUCACCAUCUUAAUGGUCACACUGCCGAUUGGUUUGUACUUCGCUUCAAAGGCUUACAUCUUUGAAGGCUCAAUGAAGAUGUCAAGCUCUGAUAGCUACUUCUACGCCGCCAUCGUCGCUGUGCUGGCAGUGCACGUGGUCCUGGCCUUGUUUGUUUAUGUGGCCUGGAAUGAAGGCACGCCCAAAGGGAAGGGGAAACACGAUUAAGUGCAAGUCCAUGUCUGCAGUAAGACCAGAACAGAUGCACAGACCUUGGGAAAAGAUGCUCUUCGCCCACACCAUCACCGCUACCACCAAACUGGCUCAGCACUUCACACAGUCAGGGAUUUGGUGUUUGUUGGGCUCGAACCCGAGGUUAUGGCUAUCAAAGGCCACUGGAUAGCAUCAGUCAUUUCUGACUUCUUCACUUCAGAAAGCCGCUCUUGUCAGGAAGUGCUGAAAGUCCGUGUACAAUAAUGUAGCAAAACAUCUUCCCUUUCAUUUAUGUAUAUGAAGGAUAUUAUUAUAUUACAUUUGCAACAGUUGGGCCAUCAGAAUUGCAAGUUUUUUACACAAUAGUGUUCAAAAUUAAAACAAAAAAGCAGGAUAUCGUCGUUCUCGUAUCAUAAUAUCACAACUUUUUUUUCUCAGUUUUGUGCUUGAAUGGUGCUGUGACUAUUAGAAGUAGGAAAUAAUUGUGAAGUUGGAUCAUGUUUUUUUUGUACAGAUAUUUGCUGAUGUAGAAUUGCUGUGAGGCAAAAUGGCCUCUUGGAAUAAACUUGAAAAAAAUGCAACCCCCUCAAACUGAUCCAUUGUUUGUGAUAAAAAUUUCAUUGCCGAAAGUCCACUUUGA